AUUGCGAAGCCUCACGUCUCCAGCACCGGGCCACCGGCGGCGAGGUCGCGCGAGCGCAGGCAGGGGUGGUACUGGGAGGGGAGGAGGGGAAGAAGGAGGUGACUGCGAUGUCGAGCCGGUUCUGGAGGUGGUACGCGGACCGGCAGUUCCACAAGUGGGAGAAGACGGUGCUGUGGGACAUGGUGGAGCCCUACCGCCCGCCGCGCUCCUUCGCGCCACUCGUCGGCACCUACGUCGCCGCCUUCUACACCGGCGUCGUCGGGGCCGCCGUCACCGAGCAGCUCUACAAGGAGAAGUACUGGGAGGAUCACCCCGGCGAGGCGGUGCCGAUCAUGCCGCCCAAGUUCUACUGGGGGCCUUGGAGGGUGAUGAACGGAGAAGUUCCGCGCUUCAUUCAGCCGCCCGACGAGGCCAAGACGGCGUAGGAGCUUCGAGCUUGCUUCAAAACUUUUCAGAAGAAGCAUGUAUCUGGUCUCGAUCGAAAAAAAGAAAUUGGAGCCCUGCUUUUGUGCCUCUCCCACUCUCCUGGUUGUACGCCUGUACCUGUCUGUCUGGAAUACACGAGUAAGAUAAGAUCAGGAGAACUGAAGACCUCAAAUAAAGAAAAAAAUCAGAAAACGUUGGCAUGGAUA